CGUGAACCUUGCAGGCGAACUUAAUAUAGUUAAUAUUAUCGAUAGGAUUAAAACUAAAAAAUAAAAUAAAAAUAGUGCUUAUGAAAGUAUUUACAUAUUCGUCAAUCGUAGGGAGAUACUUAGCUAGUGUAAAAGUAGAUCCCAAGUUGCUCAAGCGGAUCUGCUUUAAAUGGUUAGACGUGUUUUCCACGAGCAUUUCAUUUUAUAUAGCUGGAUUUACAGGUAAAGUGGACUCGCUCAGCCGUUCAUCAAUUCCGGAAAGAUUUACGAGCUUCACGGCUAGGAGUACGAAGUAAAACGCACUACUUAUUGAUUUGUAGGUAUCUGUAAACCUAGGUUUUGUGCUUAAAUCAUUAUAAAUCAAGGCUAUGUGUUCUAAAUAUAAACUUUGGUAGGGCUACCUUCAACUAAGUUGCCGACGUCGGUCGGACUGCGCGUAGGUACUAAAAGUUGUAAAACUUCGUGAAAUCGUGUUUUUCUCUGGCAAAGGUUUUCUUUAUUUAAAAGUAAACUCUUUUAAAAACCCAGCCCGCUCCAAACUAGGAUACAACCGAGUUAACCCGUAUGGAUUGCAGCUCAAAACAUGUGGGGCUCAGCGUCGUUACGCGCCCGGCUCUGCGCGGGCGUCGCGCUGGCCAUGUCGCUAUCGCUGGGCGCUUCGCGGCGGGAACCCAAGGAUCCCGACUCCGAUAUCUCGCUGUGGAUCGACGAGCGACAAGUUCGUAUGUUUAGUGGUAUAUCUAUGCAAGUAUUCGCCAUCCUCAACGGGCGCAUCCCACAAUACAUCCUAGACCCGCAAUUCUCGCACAAACUCCCCACCAUCCCGUCGGAGGUGGGCUACGUUAACUUCACGUGGAAGUCGCGCAAGAAGUACCACUACCACUUCGACAUACUCACCAGCUCGGACCCCAAGGUCCUGAAGCCGCCGGUGUUGAGUAUUAAGACGCAGGGACGGGUGCCUUCUAAACGGCCGAAAGAAUUUAGUAUAUUUUUGCCAUGCAUGGCCAACAACAGUGGCGUGGCCACAUUUGAAAUAGGCCUAGUGCUCAAGCACGGGCGGGGCAUACCGCUAAACGGCACGCCUCUCAGACUUAGUCUAAAAAAGGAAUGCGCACAGAGAGGUGUGUAUUUAGAAAGGACAGGGCCGGAUCCCGAGUGCGACAAAAAAUGCGCCAAUCAGGGCUGGUGCAACCACGAGAAGAUCUGCCAAUGCCCCGAGGGUUAUAUGGGACAGCACUGUCGCACGGCACUUUGCUACCCACAAUGUAUGAACGGAGGCAACUGUACUGCACCAGGCGUGUGCUCUUGCCCUGCAGGUUAUCAGGGACUGCACUGUGAAGGAGGAAUAUGUGGACAAAAAUGCCUAAACGGGGGAAAGUGUAUACAGAAGGAUACGUGCGAAUGUCCUAAAGGAUAUUACGGACUUAGAUGCGAAUUUUCAAAAUGCGUGAUCCCCUGCCUGAACGGCGGGCGCUGCAAGGGCGUCAAUAAAUGUCGCUGCCCCGCCGGCUUCGGCGGCAACCACUGCGAGGUUGGACGGCGCGGCGGCGAGUGUGCGCGCGGCUGCCGGCAUGGCUCCUGCCGUGGUGGAGCCUGUGUGUGCGAGCCGGGCUGGAGAGGACGCGCCUGCCAUCGCAGCUCGGGAUCUUCUGAAGAGUCCAGUGAGUUGAAGAGACCGCGAUGAAGCGAUACACAGUGACGAACUACUACUUAAUGAUGUGAUUCUCUUAAUUUUAUUAUAAAUUCUAACGAAUACAUGUUAAUGUAUGUUUAAUUAGUCAUUUAGGUGUAAGUGCUAUGCCAGUUAGGUGUAAUAAGUGAUGAAAUUUAUGCAAUAUGAAAUUAUAGAGUUUAUUGAAUUAA